GGCAGUAGAAAGCACAUCCUGCCCUGAAUCAGCACAGCCAAACACUGUUAUAGCAGCGGAGUUCUCUGAUCAUACAGACACUAUUAUAGCAGCAGAGUUCUCUGAUCAUACAGACACUGACUCUGACCAUGUUGGGCUGUCAAGCACAGAGGAGACGGAGGACGCUAUAGUCCCCUGCAGUCCUACAGGAGUCUUCAUAGAGAUCACUAGUGAUCUGCAUGUGGACCUCUGCACACAGGGUGGUUCUAGUGACAUAGGCCAAGGGUUAACCCAGGGGUCAACCCAACCUACAGAGACUGAGCAUCUUCAGGGAGACAGCACAGAACCCCCUGCCUUAGAUCAGGAGGCUAUACAACUGAGGAGGAUAGAGAUUACCGUGGGAGCAGACUUUCCUGUUACCGUAGGAACAGACUCUCCCGUUACCAUGGGAACAGACUCUCCUGUGUGUAAAGAACGAGUCCAGAGCCACAGGGAUCAGCUAGAGAUCCACCACAGGAUCCCUGAGCGUGAGCCUCCCUCUCCCUGCACUGUGCCACCCUCCAUCCCGUCUCUGUCCUCCCGCUCCCUCUCUGACUCCAACAACCACACCAAGGCCAGUGAAGGGUUGUGGUUGGGAUCUCUCUGUACGAGGGGCCAGGGACCAGAGCGGUGGUCCUCUGAGGUAGCCCACCAGAGCGGAUCAAAGGAGUGUGGGGAUAAAACUGAUGGUGAGUCCCCUUCACUGACCGAGCCCGCAACGUUUACCUCGGACAUCCUGGGGGAGACCAAUGAGACCCUGGACAGCCCCCUUGAAGACCCCCCUGAGGACUCUGAGGAGUUCCUGUCCCCCCUGGACUACGACCCGUACUGGAGCCGUGAGGACUCAGCCGUGUCCGGGCUGGGGGACGAGUGGCACUUCAGCCUGGCUGAGGUGGAAGAGCUGGGGAGGCUCCAGGGAGAGGGUUACAGAGACGUCCCUAUUCAGAACCAUACAGGCACGACAGACUGGAGAGGAGAAAUCUCUAACCAUACAGACUGGAGAGGAGACAUCUCUAACCAUACAGACUGGAGAGGAGACAUCUCUAACCAUACAGACUGGAGAGGAGACAUCUCUAACCAUACAGACUGGAGAGGAGACAUCUCUAACCAUACAGACUGGAGAGGAGACAUCUCUAACCAUACAGACUGGACAGGAGACAUCUCUAACCAUACAGACUGGAGAGGAGACAUCUCUAACCAUACAGACUGGAGAGGAGACAUCUCUAACCAUACAGACUGGAGAGGAGACAUCUCUAACCAUAAAGACUGGAGAGGAGACAUCUCUAACCAUAAAGACUGGAGAGGAGACAUCUCUAACCAUACAGACUGGAGAGGAGACAUCUCUAACCAUACAGACUGGAGAGGAGACAUCUCUAACCAUACAGACUGGAGAGGAGACAUCUCUAACCAUACAGACUGUAGGGAAGAUAAUUGUGCUGCUAACUGUCACACAGGCCUUUCCGAACCCUUAGCUUCUUACCUGGAGACCAGAGGCCUGCUAUUGGACAGUGCAGAGAAAGAGAAGGGGCAGCAGCCCAUUCCCCACCAAUCCCCCAAGCCUCCUUCGGACAGAGACAGACAGGAGUGUAGCAACUCACCUGAGGCUCUAGGAUUAAAGGACUGUUUGUUUGCUGAGAAGGACAGCUCCUACAGCUCCUACCUCCAGACCAGCUCUCACCCCGCCCUACUGCAGCAGGAUCGUGGGGUGAGGAUCGUGAGGUACCCCUAUCCCGACGGCAGUCUCAACCUGCUCUCCUUUAGUAGCCUGGAACCCAUCCUAGAGGCCGAUCCCGACCACUCCCUGGACAACUCUGGGACAGUGGAAGAUGAGGAGCGGAGAAAGAUUGUUAGGAUAAGGCCCACUGAGGAGGACAGGAACACUGUUCUUCUGUCUGGUGACAUCAUCAUGUCCUAUAUGCCCACUUUCAGCCCGUCGUCGUGUCACUCUGAGGACUUGUCCAGUAUUGAGUCAUCAGAGCACCAGCUGGUCUCGUUGACCUUUGACCCCGAUGACCCCAGGGUCAUGACCUUACCACACAACAGGGACUCGGCGGGCAGCGAGAGAUGCUCCAGUCCCACCCCCACCUCUGUGUCCUACGAUUUUGACACCACCAGCACUAACAGUGAGGAGAUGGAAGAAUCCAUCCUGCCUGUCUCAGGGGGGAAUGCCAACCUCCACAAACCCAUGAAGAGCAAGUCUAAAGGCGACUGGGCGGGGAGCUCCAAGAGCUCCAAGUUCUCUGUCUUCGCCAAGAUGCCUUCUUUCAGGAAGAGGAAGAGUCUGAAGAACACCAAGAUGGACAGCUCGCCCCGGGAGUCACCCGACCUGGGCCUGAGAAGGGAGCUGGGGGGAGGACAUGGAGGACAGGGGGGAGACACCUCAGAUGAUGACAGUGUCGUCUUGAUGGUCCAGCAGGCCUUCUCCUCCGGUCCGGGGGGUCGCUACGAGACAGAGGAGGAGGAGGACUACGGCUUCUUCCCCUCCACGCCUCGCACCCGCCACGUCCGCCUGCUUUUCAGGGAGGGACCUGGGGACACCCCCGAAGGGCCCAGCAGCCCAGACAGUCCCCUGACCUCCCAGCCCGGAGGUCUCAGACACGACCAGACCGAGGCCCUCGAGGGCCUGCACGGCUACAAGAGGAGCAAGAGCUCCGACAGCCUCAACCUCCGCAUGCGCUUCGCCCAGGCCCACAAGUCCCUGUCCAGCCUGUUUGAGUCUCGCUCCAUGGACAAGGAGAACGAGGAGGAGACGGGGAGCGUUGAGACGGGGAGCGAAGGGGAGGUGGGGCGAGCCAAACAGUCCUGGAGGAGGCUGAAGAGAGAGAGGGCCAGGGAGGCUGAGCUGCUGAGGAGGACCCUGUCUGUCCCGGUCGGAGAUGGGGUCGAGGGAGGGGACGGUGGGGGUGUGAGGACGUCCAGACAGAUCCACAGUGACUACGUGUCCCGCUCUGCCUCGGGCUCAGUGCUCAGUGUCCCUGGGUCCCCCUCCUCUCUCAGGGCUCUGAGUCUCACCGACCCCCUCACUAAGAGGGGCCUGAAGGACAGUCAAAGCGGGGCCGGGGACGACAAGUCAGAUGGCCAGAAGAGGAAAGGGAAAGUCCCGCCCAACAGCCUGUCAAUCAACUUCUCAGACUCCAGACCGCCAUCCUCGCACGACUCUGAGGCCCCGCCCACAAACGAUCCCAGCCCCCUGUCGCCCAUGAGCCCCGCCUCCCUGGCUGCCUUAGCCAAUCAGCUGUCCUGGUCCCCAGGGGGAGCCUAUGAGAGCACAGCGUCUAGCAUGGCAGCUACACCAGACACCCCAGUGAGACCCAUGAGCCCCAAGCCCCACAGCCCCAGACCUGCUGCCCAGCACAGGGCCUUCUGCUACCCCCCCACUGCCUCUGCCCGGGCCUCAGUCCUGUCCCUGCUCCUCAUGGGCCAGUCAGCCAGUGUAGAGGGCCUGUCUGACCCGCCAGAGAAGCCCAAGACCCUGAAGCCCCGAACGGGACAGAUAGGCUCCUCCUCCCUCAGCCCAUUGGAGGACAGCGGAGUGGACAGUCUGCUUACACCUAUGUCCUUCAAACAGUUUGAGACCAGUCAGGAUGGAUGUAGACCCAGUAGCCAAGCAGGGGGAGAAGGGAAGAGGCUAGCAGAACUGAAGAGUCCUGGAUCUAGACCGGACACUACUGCCUCAGCCCUCAGACCACCACUAGGCCACAGGCGGGACAGGGGUCUGAGACGCCAACGCUGCUGCUCAGACGACCUGUGGAUCGAAGAGCAGAAGAGAUGGAAGCGGAAGCUGGCCCGAGUGAUGAGGGGCAGCCUGGGACAACUCAACACACACUGUCCUGAAGAGCUCGAGAAAUGGAAUACACCAGUGUCCCUGUCGACCAUGGAGGCAUUCUCUGGGAUGGGCCUGAAGACCCACUGCUUCUCCCAGAGCACCCCCAUCGGACUGGACUGUCUGGGCUGGAGACGACGCAUCUCCUACCCCUCGGUGAUAGUACCAGAUGGUAGUGGAGAGAAGGCCGGUCUGGGGCUGGGUGAUGAUCUAGGCAGUGACGAGGACCUGUAUGAAGAGUUCCGCAGCUCCGGACAUCGCUUUGGACACCCAGGGGGAGGUGGCGAACAACUGGCCAUAAAUGAGCUGAUCAGUGAUGGCAGUUGUGUGUACGCCGAGGCCCUGUGGGACCAUGUCACAAUGGACGACCAGGAGCUGGGCUUCAAGGCGGGGGACGUCAUUGAGGUAGUGGAUGCCACCAACAAGGAGUGGUGGUGGGGACGCAUCCUGGACAGUGAGGGCUGGUUCCCAGCCAGCUUCGUCCGGUUGCGUGUGAACCAGGAUGAGCCCAUGGAGGAGUACCUAGCCCAGCUGGAGGAGGCUGGGGCUGGGGAGGAGGACCAGCCAAGGGUGGGUCUGUUCCUGGGACCAGGCCUGCCCUGUAAGGAACAGAUGAGGACUAAUGUCAUCAAUGAGAUCAUGAGCACGGAGAGAGAGUACAUCAAACACCUCAAAGACAUCUGUGAGGGUUACAUCAAGCAGUGCCGUAAGAGGAUAGACAUGUUCUCAGAGGAGCAGCUGCGGUGCGUCUUCGGCAACAUCGAAGACAUCUACCGCUUCCAGAAGAAGUUCCUGAAAGAUCUGGAGAAGAAGUUCAACAAGGAGCAGCCGCACCUCAGCGAGAUCGGCUCCUGUUUCCUGGAACACCAAACAGACUUCCAGAUUUACUCGGAGUACUGUAACAACCACCCCAACGCCUGUGUACAGUUGUCCCGGCGGAUGAAGACCAACAAGUAUGUGUUCUUCUUCGAGGCCUGUCGCCUGCUCCAGAAGAUGAUUGACAUCUCGCUGGAUGGCUUCCUGCUCACGCCCGUCCAGAAGAUCUGCAAGUACCCUCUGCAGCUUGCCGAGCUACUGAAAUAUACCAACCCCCAGCACAGGGACUAUAAGGACGUGGAGGCUGCCUUGGACGCCAUGAAGAACGUGGCCAGGCUGAUCAACGAGAGGAAGCGGCGCCUGGAGAACAUCGACAAGAUCGCCCAAUGGCAGCGCUCCAUAGAGGACUGGGAGGGAGAAGAUAUCCUCAGUAAGAGUUCGGAUCUGAUCUUCUCUGGAGAGCUGACGAAGAUCUCCCAGCCUCAGGCUAAGAGCCAGCAGCGCAUGUUCUUCCUCUUCGACCACCAGAUGGUGUACUGCAAAAAGGACCUCCUGCGCAGGGACAUGCUGUACUGUAAGGGUCGCAUGGACAUGGACCAGAUUGAGGUGUUGGAUGUGGAGGACGGGAAGGAGAAGGACUUCAACGUGUCGGUGAAGAACGCUCUGAAGCUGCGCUCGCUGGCGGGGGACGAGAUCCACCUGCUGUGUGCCAAGAAGCCUGAGCAGAAACAACGCUGGCUCCGAGCCUUCCAGGACGAGAGGAGGCAGGUGCAGCACGACCGUGAGACAGGAUUCUCCAUCACUGAGGUCCAGAAGAAACAGGCCAUGCUCAACGCCUGCAAAAGCCAUCCAGCUGGGAAGCCCAAAGCGGUGACCCGACCCUAUUGUGACUUCCUGCUCCGUCAGAAGCAGCCAUCUCUGCCCAGCAGCGUGCCCCAGCAGCAGGUCUUCAUGCUGGCUGAGCCCAAACGCAAGGCAACCACCUUCUGGCAAAACAUCGGCAGACUGACGCCUUUCAAGAAGUGAAACGCCAAAGGAGAGGAGGAGAGGAGAGCUCUCUGUUCGUGCCUGAACUGACCUUUUUAUGCCAGAUGGUCUUUUAUAUAUACAUAAUGCUAUCCUAAUUGAUAUACUGAUUAUCGUGAAAGAUGAUUAUGAUAAUAUUUUUUUCUUUGAGAAAGCACUUUAUAGGUUGGUUACAAUCAGACUUGGGAAUGGUUCUUCCGGACAUUGUGUAUAUACGUUGGGAGACUAUUAUACCUGUUACUGCAACCAAGCACCGAUUGGUUCUACUACUGCUGCGUGAUCAUGUGACUGCCAAUGAGGCUCCUCGUUAUGAAAGACGUUGACUGACGACAACAAAAUGAUUUUUUCCCCCUGUGUUUUUGUUUUUCGACAUAUGCCAACUGUUCACGGUGCCAGAUACAUGUUGCUUUUGCAUUUAAGUUUGUUCUGCUAUGGAGAAAAAGGUGACAAUAAGGAUAAAGGUUCAUUGUCUCUG